AUGCCGCCAACUGAGGAGGACAUCGCGUGGUUUCGCUCGACUUUCCACCCUAUACCGAGGCCUUCCUUACCCGAUGACUGCAUCGAAUACUCGCUCUACAUCAUAUCGCCAUCGCAGGACACGCAAGGCGACUCUGACUUACGAGGGCGGUUGCGCGAGGUACAAAAAUACGCCGGUGACUUACAACGGCAAUACCUGAGAGAAUACAUCUGGCAGCGGCAGAGGUUCAUGCUUGAGCUUCAAAAAGAGGAUGGAUUGAGCUUCUUGCGUGGACAGACAGAGUAUGGCGACUCAGUUGAAGAUGAAUGGGUCAUCGUCUGGUUGUUGCGCGAACUGACCACCAAGUUCCAUGAUCUAUGGGUCAAGGUCACGGAUAGCGAUGGCGAAUUCUUGCUAAUCGAGGCAUCUGGCACUCUGCCGUCGUGGCUCGAGCCGGAUGUGGCAGAGAAUCGCGUCUGGAUCAAUCAUGGCCAGCUCAUGAUCAUCAAGCCGGCAGCUGCGGCACGGACUUCGAAGCGAACAGAGGAGAAAUUGACCCUCGAGCAAGCCCGCAGCAUUAUCGUGUCGGAUCCCGGAAGACUGAUGCACUCGAUCAGCAUCGAGGAAGAAGCCUUUUUCAGGAUUCGAAACUAUCCAGCACAAAUUGCGGAGAAUAUGCACCACGCCAUGAUCACAAUACCCCGGAAGGUGGCAUAUUUGCUUCAUCAAAAGCCUGCAUACAUCGCACCGGCCGUUGAAGCCUUUUAUCUCAGAGACCCGAUCGCCCUCAAGCCGCUACAAAGCAAGAAGAACAAGAAUAAGAUGGCCUUUCCCCCUCAGGACUUUGUUACUGUCAGUGUCAAAUUCCCACGCGUGGCAUACGCGCAGGUGAAGUCCCAGGAUUUUCCACCACCAGCAGUUUUCGCAGGCACCCUCCCGUCGAAAACUGAUAUUAAGGCCUACGUCGCCGCUGAGACGGGCAUGAAGAUCACGUGUGGCCUUGAAAUGUUGGUCACAGAUUCUCAUCACCAAGAUCGACCUGAGGUGCGCGAGAUGAAAUUGAUUCUCGACGAUCUCGCAUCUGGCGAUGAAGUGUUGCCGUCGGACAACGAAAUUGAGACAUGGGAAAAACGAGAAGACGAUGAAAAGUGGCUAGAUAUUAACUUCGCUGAUCUAGAGAACGAACUAGGAGGUCGAAAGGGUCAGUCUGAUACGAUGGGAAAGAAGCACAGCUUUGGCGAUAAGGCAGCACAAGAAAACCUCCAGAGAAUUGUGAAGCAGUUUGAGGACUUCCUGAACGAUGACAAGGCUGGCAUGGAGGGCGCAGGCCUGGGUGAUAGCGAUCUAGACGAUGACGAUGAUGAUCUCGAUGAUGACGACCUUGACGAGGGCGACGAAGGAGAGGACAAAGAAGCCAGUUUUGGCGAAGACGAGUUCACCAAAAUGAUGCAAGAGAUGAUGGGCAUACCGCCCGAAGUGAUGCAGGAAAUCAUGAAGGGGAAACUAGGGCCCGGUGCCCAGGACCCCGCGGUACGGUCAGGAUUGCGUCCCUUGCCUGACGAAACAGAAACAGACGUGGUGAAAGCGGACGAGGGUGAAGAGGAAGACGAGGACAUUCAGACGUUCAUGAAGCAAAUGGAAGCUGAGCUGAGAGGGCAUGCUGCUCUAAAUUUAACCUCCUCUGAGACCGGCGCUGGGAAGCAGAAGGCGAUCACAAACCCGAAAUCACACCGAGAGGACCGGGUCGCAGAUAGCGCUGAAGAGUACGAACUCUCGUCAGACGACGACAUCGACAAUGAGAUAGACAUCGAUCUGGCUAGAAAUUUGCUAGAGAGCCUCAAGGCUCAGGCUGGCAAAGCUGGACCCGGCGGAAACCUCAUGGGCAUGAUGGGGUUGAAGAUGCCCCGGAACGAGGCUGAUAGCGAUGAGGAAGAUGACGGUCAGCCAGGGCCAAGUGGAGUACGGACAAUACCCGAAGGAUUGCCCAAGGUUGAGGAAUUGAACUGA